AUGUCUCCUGUCAUCUUGUUUUUCGCUGUCGUCUGCUGGUUUGCCGAAAUCGCGGAUUCCAUACAUUUCCUCAAAGCUGGAUUUCGUGCGAAACACACAGUCGUUCGAAAGUAUUAUAUCGGCAUCGUGGAGGAGAACUGGGACUACGCGCCAAACGGAAAUCUCGUCAAUGAUGACCCACAAGCGGCCAUUCGCUUGCAGGGCGGUGCCAACCGUAUUGGAAGUGUGUACACCAAGGCGGUGUUCCGGCGGUUCAAAGACCGGUCUUUCACGUCACAAAUGAGCCACCCCCCUUGGCUGGGAUACCUCGGGCCCAUCAUUAGGGCGGAGGUGGGGGACACCAUCAAGAUAUUUCUGAAGAACCUGGCACCAACCAGUGAACGGUCCUUCUCCAUCCACCCUCACGGUGUCCAGUACAAUAAGGACUCAGAAGGUGCAAAAUACUCGGAUAACACUAGCGGCCGAGACAAAUUAGAUGACGGAGUUCCAUUUGGAGGGGUACACACCUAUACGUGGGUCGUCAGGGGAGAGAACUUUGCUCCGACAAAGGAAGACAACAAUUGCCUGGCUUGGCCCUACCAUUCCCACAGAGUGUCAGAACCCGAUAUUGUUACCGGACUCGUAGGCAUGCUGUUCACAUGCAAAAAAGGAACUCUGACGCCAGACGGAGAGCGGAAGGACGUGGGCUUGGAAUACAUCUUCUACAUGGAUCUCGUGGACGAAAACGAAAGCUGGCUGAUCAACGCCAACCUCGACCGCUGUGGCACUCCGGCCAUGUGCGUGACGCUCCACGACAACAACGACGCGGACUUCGAAGAGAGCAACAAAAUGUACAGCAUCAACGGCUACUCGUAUGGGAAUCUGCCCAAUGUGGUAUUCUUCGCGUACGAGCCAGUGACGAUUCAUCUGUUCACUCUGUCUGAAGGAGUGCAGAGCUUCUACAUCAGUGGACAUUCACUGACGAUGAGGAAUCAGAGCAAAGGAAAUGCCUUUUUUACUCACUCUGACGUGCGAAUUGGCGGACGAUACGUCAAGGCUUUGUUCGUGGAAUACACCGACAAAACAUUCACCAUGAGGAAGAAACGUUCAUACUCUGAACGCCAUCUUGGAUUCCUAGGCCCGGUUAUCCGGGGAAAUGUAGGGGAGAGAAUCUGUGUUGUCUUUAAGAAUGACGCUGACAGGGAAUAUUCGUUUUGGCCAAACGGCGUAACCUACACGAAAUUCAACGAAGGACUCGUUUACAAAGAUCCUGAUUCCGGCCAGUACACCGGUAAGACGGCUCAACCUGGGCGGACGGUGACCUACACUUUCGAUUUAAUCCCACCGGCCACCGCACCCACCAAAGAGGACCCGCCCUGCACGGUCCAGACGUACCAGUCAGGGGUGGACAGCAUUAAAGACCUUCACACCGGCCUUGUCGGGCCGCUCUUGAUAUGCAAGGGAGAUCAGUCUGCAACAAAAUGGCGUUUUUCACGUCAGAAGUUCGUGAAUCCUCGGUACCCGACCAAAAGGGAGUUCUUUCUGUUAUCCCUGGUGAGCGAUGAAAACAAGUCCUGGUAUUUAGACGAGAACAUAGCCAGGUACGCGCCCAACUCCGUUAAAACAGACUCCGGGUUUGUGAGCUCAAACAGAAUGCACGGUAUAAAUGGCAGAUUGUUUAGUAACUUGAAGGGCCUGGAUAUGUACCAGGGUGACUCAGUAGUCUGGUACGCAAUGGGGCAGGGAGAGGUGAGGGACUUCCACGUCUUCAACCUUGUUGGUGCGACAUUCUCAAGACACGGCAACAACGCAGCGUCGCAGAUGGUUCGACAAGGAACCGGCGUGACCUUGCACUCAAGGCCAACAGAGAUUGGUGUCUGGGCAGUUAUUUGCCGCCCCCACGUGGGUGCCGGGAUGGAGGCAUUGUACAGGGUAUUGCCACGUGGAAUAGCCCACACCCCUCGGUACCAUAGUCGACGAACCCGAGUGUACUACAUCGCAGCCAUAGAGCUCGAUUGGGAAUACUGUGACGUCAAAGCAGACCCCGUAGAAGAGGUGCUGUUCACCGAUCCUGCACAAGUUGGCUACAAAUUCUGCGUUCUGAGCGGGGACCAGUUUAUUGGGUCGAUCUACAAGAAAGCCGUCUAUCGCGAAUUCACCGACAGAACCUUUGCAAUGCAAAAGAGACGACGACCGGACGAAGAACAUUUGCACCUACUUGGGCCGUUCAUCCGAGGCGAAGUAGGGGAGACAAUCAUCGUCGUCUUCAAGAACCUGGCGUCGAGGGCUUACUCCAUUCACGCUCAGGGGGUCAGUUACGACAAGGCGAACGAGGGCAUUGAAUACGCCGAUGGCCCAUUCGCGUCACAAGAUGACUCGGUAAAGCCAGGGGAGGUGUAUGUCUACAAGUGGAAGAUCCCCAAAAAUUCUGGACCCGGACCGAAGGACCCCAACUGUGUUUCCUGGCAAUAUUACUCUCAGACUGACGUCACGAAGGACGUGUACUCUGGUCUGAUUGGUCCACUGGUCACGUGUCGCCCUGGCAUCCUGAAUCAGUUUAACCGCAGGAAAGAUGUCGACAAGGAAUUUGCCGUCAUGUUUUCUGUCAUCAAUGAAAACGAGAGCUGGUACAUCGACGAAAACAAGGCCAGAUUUGCACCCAACCAGGUUGGCGGGCCUGCUUUUGUACUAAGCAACCUGUACUUUUCGGCAAAUGGGAAAAUAUACUUCAAUCUAGACGGUCUGGAAAUGAACAAGUUUGACCUCGUGUCCUGGUACAUCUCCGGCUGGGGCGGUCCGACUGACGUGCACCCCAUCCAUUUCCACGGCCAGACGUUGAUUCACCGGUCGGGCAGGAAGACGAGGGUGGACGUCAUUGACGUGGGGCCGACGGUGUCGGAAACGCUGGAGAUGUUGGCCGACAAUCCGGGCACGUGGAUCGUGCACUGUCACAACGCCCCUCACGUGAAGAACGGCAUGACGAUAACCUACACGGUGUUGCCGGACAAGAGGAACUUCUUCUAUAAAUAAACAGACUACCACAGGAGUUGUUUUUAAGCUACGGGUUGUAAAAUAAAUGGCAUGUUAACGGACACGAAUGUAGUAUUCUCUUUCUUACAUGUCUUCAGAAAAGAGUUUUAAAAUAAAUUUAAAUCUUUUUUCCAA